AAGUGCUACACAGGAAAAAAGUUACAGAACCAUUGCACAUUUCUGCACUUCACUUCUCUUAAAGCCGCCUAUCUCUUUAUAAAAUGAUGAACAACAAUGCAACAGAAAACUGCAGUACAUCUCAUUUUAGAUACCCGCUUUUCACUUCCACCUACAGCGUGGUACUGCUAUUCGGUUUACCUCUGAAUUCUAUAUCUCUGUGGAUACUGAUAUGUCGGAACGGCUUGAGGAAAUCUGUUCCGGUGAUCUACAUGGCCAACCUGGCCUUAUCGGACCUGCUUUUUACACUUUCCCUUCCCUUUCGGAUUAUUUACUUUGCCACUGGUCGGUGGACGCUGGGAAACACGCUAUGCAUGAUUCCAGGGACACUCUUUGCCGUCAACCUCUACUCUAGCUCCUUGUUCAUCACUCUGAUCAGUGUUGACAGGAUGCUGGCCGUGGUUUACCCGAUUCGAUCUCGGCCGUUGAGGACAGCACCAGUGGCCUGGGCGUUGUGCGCGACCGUGUGGCUGCUUAUUGCUGGAUUGGCAGUGCCAACGGCCAUGAACCACCCUCAAAAUAUGGAUAAAGGCUGUCACGUAAUACGUUGUUUUGAGAAAUACUCAGACAAUGCAUGGAAGAAUGGUUUCUACAUCCUCUGCUGUGUCACUUUAUUUGGAAUUGUAGUCCCGUUUGCCAUCAUCCUGGUAUGCACUGUGGCAGUCGUGCGACAGUUGAAAGGAUACAGCAUGGCAUAUUCAUCGUGCAACACUGAGCUGAGCAAAAACAAGAUUGUGAAGCUGUUUCUGUCCAAUCUGCUCAUAUAUGCUAUUUGUUUUAUACCCUUUCACAUCGCCUUUAUCCUCUAUGGCCUGAACAAGCUUAACAUUUUACAAGGAGAAAAUGUACGUAGCCUUUACUUUGACUUGCAAACUGUUACGAUGUGUAUGGCCAGCACAAACAGCUGCCUGGACCCCUUGAUCUACUAUUUUAGCUCAAAGAAACUUAGUAGGGGUAGAUGUGACUCUUCGUCAAAAAGUGUCGCUCUUGGCCUGAUCCAGAGCACAAGUUGGACUGGCCAGUAAUUGAAAGAUAAAAACCCAGAAGGACCAACAGAACAUCAAGUGCUUUUUCUGUUGAUAUUAAUACAUUCUUUGUGUGAGAGGAAAUGGUUAUGCAAAACACUAAGGUAUCAGUUUAGAUCUGAUUUGUGAAAACUUCACCCCUCACCGCUCAUGUAUAUGGCAUGAAAAAUGCUAUAAUCUCUGCAGUUCUGAUUAGCUCUGUAGUCCUCUUUAAACCUUACUUCCUAACACACAUGAGUCUCUUUUAUUGCAAAACAGUACUGUUUCCUACUAAACUCUCUUUGUUUGAAAUGUUUUUUAUUAUUAGCAAAGCAACUUGCAUCUAUUAUUGCUUAUUCAGCAUUAGAAUUAACACUUCAAUGCACCUGUUUUAUUAAACUUUUUUAUCUUUGAGGUGUAAACUUUGAGUUUUGAGUUUCAGGGUGGUUACUGAAACAUGGUCAUGUUACAUUCACACAUAAUUGCAUGGACAUUUUGCAAUCAGAUUGCAUAGUAGCUUUUGCAACACAUUAAUUUCCUGUAGCUGAACUGGCAGAGUGUGGCACUUGUACACUGUAAAGAAGAUCCUGUUUUUUUUACAACAACAAAAUAAAUAAAUAAUAAUACAAAAAUAAUAAUUCUGUUCAAUUUACAGUAAAAAAACAAAAACAAAAACAAAAAUGUCAUAAACUUGAUAUUAACCUUCUGAAACUGUAAAAAUCUGCUUUUUACUCUAUAAGGUAUUGUUAAUCACCAUAAAAAUUACAGAAUGGCACAUGAUGACAUGAAGUUCACCAAUAGUGUCUCUUCCAGGAGCAAUGACCAAUAAACAGAGACUCAGUGCUCAGUGUCACUCACACAAACACAAAACACCAUCAGGGUAACACAUGCGAAAUUAAAAUAAUGCAGUAAACAUUAACUAAACUACAUUAAAUAUAAAACAGAACACCCCAAUGUACAUAACUGAUAUUAAAAAUAAGAAGAAACAUAACUAUUCCCAUAAAAUAUAAUGAAAUAUAAUGGGUCAUGCAGGGAACUGUGGGAAUGCCCGAUUAUUGUUUUUACUGUAAUUUUAACAAUAAUUUACUGUAUAAAGUACAUGUACUCUCUUGUUGAACAUAAUGUACAUUUUUACCAUUAAUUAUACAGGAAAAUCAUACAUUUUACAUCUAAAAAAUAUAAGUUUUACAAAGACUACUGUAUUGUCUUUUUUUUUUUAAUUACUGUAUAUUUUACAGUUAAUACUCAUUAAUCAAUAAAUAAAAUCUGUAGCAUUUU